AGUUCACCUGAGACAUUACUCAAAAGCCUGUUAUUGGUAAAUUCAAUUAGGUCAUUUUACACUUUGUUCUAUCUAUUAGUUAAUCACUGUUUUUUAAUCUCCUGCUUGAACAUUUUAUUCUUUAUUACUCAGUCAUGGCUCCAAGACCACAAGAAGGGACUGGUUCCUCCUCUACUAUAGAUAACAAGGCUUUGGGUAAGGAGGAAUAUGUCCCACCAGCUUAUUCCCCCUUGGACUUGGUGAAUGAGGAGCCUCCUGAGGAAGAUCCCUGGGAUCUCCCUGAACUCAAAGACACAGGGAUCAAGUGGUCAGAGCUGGACACCAAAGGAAAGAUAAUAAGAGUGCUGACUGGUCUUGUGAAGCUGGUUCUGCUGCUGGGAUUUCUCUACUUGUUUAUUUGCUCGCUGGAUAUUCUGGGCUCUGCUUUUUUGCUAAUUGGAGGAAAAGCUGCUGGUGAUAUCUUCCAGGACAACGCUGUGUUAUCCAACCCAGUGGCUGGGCUGGUAAUUGGAGUGUUAGUCACAGCACUGGUGCAGAGCUCCAGCACCUCCUCUUCUAUUGUGGUCAGCAUGGUUUCCUCUGGAUUGCUGGAUGUAAAGUCUGCAGUGCCAAUCAUCAUGGGGGCCAACAUUGGGACCUCUGUCACCAACACUAUUGUGGCCACAAUGCAGGCAGGAGAUCGAAACGAAUUCCGCAGGGCUUUUGCUGGUGCCACAGUUGACGAUUUCUUCAACUGGCUGUCCGUUCUUAUCCUUCUUCCCUUGGAAGCAGCUACAGGUGUUCUAUACAAACUUACCCUCCUCCUGAUCGAGUCCUUUAAUAUCCAGACUGGAGAAAACGCCCCUGACCUGCUGAAUGUCAUCACAGACCCCCUCACUGAAUCUAUCAUCCAGGUAGUGUUUGGACAAAAUAACAGAAUUAAGAUGAAAAAUCGAUGAGCUCUGUGAAGCUGACCCCCCGUCAGCUUCAAAAGUGGAGGCAAAUAGACUGCUCGGUUAGUGCUUCGUUUGUGCUGAUUUGUGCAGGUAAAAUUGACGUUUGUGCUGCUAUGGUUUUUGAGAUAUUAAACUUUAUUCAAUAGGUCAUUCAGAGGUCACCGUCCCCCCCGGACUACUCCAAAAUGGACCACAAUAGUCUACUUUUUAGUGCUUCCUUUGUGCUGAUUUGUGCAGGUGAAACUGAUGUUUGUGCUGCAACGGUAUCUGAGAUAUUACACAUUUUAAUUUAGCAUGAUGACAUCAUCAAAUUCCCAAAGUGCUCCAAAAUGGACCAUAUUACGCCGGGGACACACCGGCCGUGGAAGCACAGCGAAAAUGGGACCACCUUCAUUCGGCGCCCUUGUUAAGCUAUUCUAUAGACCACAUGGGCCGCCGAAGCGCCACGAAUCGCCUCGCGCCGUGCAGCGAUCGUUUCGGCGUCUGCUCUAUUUUUUUCGCGAGCCGCAGGUGAAUCGCGUCAAUUCUGGCAGGAAGUCAAACCUAGACAUAAGAGGCAGGCCAGUAAAUUUAACAAAAUAAAGCAUUUCAAAAUAAAAUUCUGCAAUAGUCAAAUGUGUUCGUAAUCAGACACUGCAGAAGAACCACACGAACACGCACACACAUACACACACAUCGAGCUUGUGUGCGUGUGUGACCACGUGAAGGGGGUGUGGUUUUGGGUGUCUUUUUUCCGGAGCAAACAGGACAGAGAGGCAGAAAGUCUGAGGCAAGCAGUUAAGAUGGAUGACUUAAAAUUAAUUAUGGAAGUUGAGAAACACAAGGAGCUGUACGACCCCCGACACCCUUUCUACAAAGACAACAGCAGAAAGGACAAUUGUUGGGAGGCUGUAGCAACAGCUGUAGAAUCUACAAGUAAGUAUUUCCCUUUUUUAAAAUAUAUAGGUGUUCCACAAGUUCUAAGACAAAUCAUUUACUCUUGAAUUUAUAGUGCAUCUACCUAUAACAUAACAUACCUAAAAAUGCACUAUUUUACCGCAUUAAAUCAAGUUAAGUACGUAACGCUGCCCUUUAAUUUACUUAUUUAUCUUCAAAAAAUAAAAAAUAACAUGAAAUCCCUUGCUUAAAUGAAAAUAAAAUACAAAAAAAUUACCCUGUGCUACACAUGUUGUGAAAUCAAAAGAUUGUAGUAUUGUCAGAUAAAAAAUGUACUAUGAUAGCUUUUUCCAAAUAUAAAUAUCCCUAAUAAAUUAUUUAUUUAAACCCUCAUAUUUAAAAAAAACAUCCUUUAAAGUGACCUUCUUGAUUUUUUUUUUAUUAAUUUUGUUUUUUCAAAUCAGUCCAUACUUUAUACCUUAUUUCUAACCAAUUAGAUCAUAACAUGUUUAUGUUUAUGUUUAUGUAUUUAGCAGACGCUUUUGUCCAAAUCGACUUACAAGUGAUAAUCGGCAUUUUGCCCUUGAGGCAACAUAACCUACUGUUUGAGCUAGUCCUUCCAAAAAAAUUUUUUUAGCAGUCAUCAAUAAAUAUUCUGUCAUAAUUCAUUUAGAGGAGUAAUUAAAUCUCUCUAGUGAAAUCAAUAAAAAAAUGUUAAUGUUGAAUAAAUUCUACGAUUACAUUUUUUCACUCACUUUUAUUUGUGGAAAACACAUGAAAUGCAAGCCAACAUUAAGAGAAAAAAAGGAAAGGCCAGAUUACACAAUGUCUCUGUAGCUGUAUUUAUUUCUCUCACGGCCUCCUAUCCUGCCAGGACACACUGCCCUCAGGAGAAAGGAAAAAUGUUGCAAAUUUCUCACGGAUGUUGUAAGCAUCCCUGCAGCCUCUGUUGCCACCCAUGUUCCUAGCAUCCUGGAGGUGUUCCCCCUGCUCUUGUGCUUCAUCCAAAAAUCUCUGGUUGUCUGCUGGGUUGAGCAGGUGGUUAUGCAGGAUGCACGCUGCCAGUAUUACGGCAUCUGCAUUCUCUGGUGUCAUCGUAAUCCGUGUGUAGAGCACUCUCCACCUUGCAGCAAGAAUGCCAAAUGCACAUUCCACCACCAUUCUGGCCCUAGAGAGUCUGUAGUUGAAGACCUUUUGCCAUGGUGGAAGUCGUGUUCCUGGGAAUGGCCUCAUCAAGUAAGUCUUCAAAGGGAAGGCUGCAUCUCCAACCAUGGUGUAUGGGAGUGGCAGUUGUUCUGCUCCAGGCAGAGUACAGUCGGCUGGAACAUGGGGUGUUUUGU